AUGAAGCUCACCACAAUCCUCCUCCCCCUCAUCACCACGGCCACGGCCACAACCACCUGCUACAGCGGCGCGCCCACCAGCGAAGGCACCAACUGCCUGAGCAAGCUGGCGAUCAAGAACUUCUGGUCGCUGCAGUACUGCAACUACCGGUGGAACGUCAACUACGGGGACUGGGACAAGUGGAUCAGCAACAACGCCAGCCACGUGGAGCGCGGCCGGGUGGCCAAGACGGGGGUGUUCGGGGGCAUGGAGGAGUGCCUGGAUGCCUUCAAGGAGGUCGUCGAGCCGUGCUACGACACCGCGCAGGGGGCGUACCUGACGACGGCGAAUGUGAGCCUGGAGGUGAAUUGGUGUCAGUGGUGA